CCGGGGCGGGCCGGGCGGGCCGCGGGAGCCGCACGCGGCGAUAUGGAAGAGGAGGGCAAGAAGGGCAAGAAGAGGGAGGGCUAACAUCUGGCCAUAUUUUUCAACAAAUUCAGAAGUGAAUAGAGAAUGCAUAGUAGCUGUCGGCAGAGGAGGAGGAACCAGAAUCUCUCCAAAGAAAUUCCUCAAACAGAAUUUCACACGGGGUAUUCCAUGGAGAAUGAGCCUGGAAUUGUCUCGCCAUUUAAACGAGUAUUCCUAAAAGGUGAAAAGAGUAGAGAUAAGAAAGCCCAUGAGAAGGUGACAGAGAGGCGCCCUCUGCACACUGUGGUGUUGUCAUUGCCUGAGCGCGUCGAGCCAGACAGACUGCUGAGCGACUAUAUUGAGAAGGAGGUAAAGUGGGAAGAAUCAGUGGAAGCCACAUGGGGAACCAGAACUCUUAUCGUACCCAGCAGUAACGAGGAAGGAGCCCUCCACGCAGGACGGCAAUAUUUAGGUCAGUUAACGUCCAUACCAGGAUACCUGAAUCCCUCCAGUAGGACUGAAAUCCUGCAUUUCAUAGACAAUGCAAAGAGAGCCCACCAGCUUCCGGGACACUUGACUCAGGAGCACGAUGCUGUGCUCAGCCUGUCUGCAUACAACGUCAAGCUGGCCUGGAGGGACGGGGAGGAUAUCAUCCUCAGGGUGCCCAUCCAUGACAUCGCCGCCGUCUCCUAUGUUCGGGAUGACGCCGCGCACCUGGUGGUCCUGAAGACAGCCCAGGACCCAGGGAUCUCCCCCAGCCAGAGUCUGUGUGCGGAAAGUUCCAGAGGUCUCAGUGCAGGCUCCCUGUCGGAGAGUGCAGUUGGGCCCGUGGAGGCAUGCUGCCUGGUCAUCCUGGCUGCAGAGAGCAAGGUUGCUGCCGAGGAGCUUUGCUGUCUGCUAGGCCAGGUCUUCCAGGUUGUUUACACGGAGUCCACCAUCGACUUUCUGGACAGAGCGAUAUUUGAUGGGGCCUCCACCCCUACUCACCACCUGUCCCUGCACAGCGCCAGCCACGUGACAUCUUCCACAGUCACAUCUUCCUUUGACUCUCAGCUUCCUCUGCAUUUCAGGACUCUUGCAAUCACAUUGAGCCCACCCAAAUUCUCCAGGGUCAUCUCCCUAUUUCAAGAUGACUCUUCUACAAAAGUGGACAUUAAGGAGACCUACGAGGUGGAAGCCAGCACUUUCUGCUUCCCUGAGUCCGUGGAUGUGGGUGUUGCGUCACCCCACGGCAAGACCAUCAGUGAGAGUGAGCUGAGCGCCAGCGCCACUGAGCUGCUGCAGGACUACAUGCUGACGCUGCGCACCAAGCUGUCGUCGCAGGAGAUCCAGCAAUUUGCAGCGCUGCUACACGAGUACCGCAAUGGGGCCUCUAUCCACGAGUUCUGCAUCAACCUGCGGCAGCUCUACGGGGACAGCCGCAAGUUCCUGCUGCUUGGUCUGAGGCCCUUCAUCCCUGAGAAGGACAGUCAGCACUUCGAGAACUUCCUGGAAACCAUUGGCGUGAAGGAUGGCCGCGGCAUCAUCACCGACAGCUUUGGCAGGCACCGGCGGGCCCUGAGCACCACAUCCAGUUCUACCACCAACGGGAACAGGGCCACGGGCAGCUCUGAUGACCGGUCAGCGCCCUCAGAGGGGGAUGAGUGGGACCGCAUGAUCUCAGACAUCAGCAGCGACAUUGAGGCGCUGGGCUGCAGCAUGGACCAGGACUCAGCAUGAUGGGCAGUGGAUCGGGGGGCACCCACACCUUCUGCACAGUCGUCGUAGGCCUUCCCAGAAGGAGCUGCCCAGACCUGCGUGUCAGCCCUUGGUUGGGGCCAGGGAGAGGCUCCAGGCGCAGGUGGCCCUGGGUGGCCCAGGUCCUCUACUGUGAAGGAGCAGGGAGCUGCCGAGGGACACGAGCCCCAGUGCGGGGUGGAAGGCUCUUUGCCUUGUCCACCAGGGCUCAGCCAAGCCCUGCAGCGUGUCCCCGCUCGGGGAGGGCCUGGUCGAGCUGGCAGGGAGAGCCAGUCCUGUCGGCUGGGCCCUUGGACAGCUGUCAGUUUUGCACAUGAUGUUCCUAUUGUAACUCUCAGAGACCUUAAAAAGUUUACUGCAAUGUGAAUAAUUUAAUCUCUGGUUGCCAA